AUGACUAACCCAGUAUCAGCGGAGUCUGGACCCGGGAGGGAGCCCAGCAGCCCCGCCAGCCCCGGGAGCGGCGUCGGGACGAGCAGCCUCUUGGCCCCUGAAGCGGCGCGCUCUGGUUCCCAGACUCCGAAGGCGGCGGCGGCGGCGGCGGCGGCGGCGCGCGCGGCCUCUCAGUCUUCGGAGCGUCUCCUUGGGAGGGAGGGAGCCAGGCUCCGUCUCCUCUCCGUGGGGAAGCAGGGCCUCCCGGGUAAGGAUGGGGAGUGGGCUUGUGCUGACCCUGGUCUCCCUCCCCUUUCAGACCUGUUUCCCCUCAUCUUCCCGACUGAGCCAGCCCAGGCCUCUGGCCCCUAUGUGGAGAUCAUCGAGCAGCCCAAGCAGCGGGGCAUGCGCUUCCGCUACAAGUGCGAGGGUCGCUCCGCGGGCAGUAUCCCUGGCGAGAGGAGCACGGAUACCACCAAAACCCACCCCACCAUCAAGAUCAAUGGCUACACCGGGCCAGGGACAGUUCGCAUCUCAUUGGUCACCAAGGACCCCCCUCAUCGGCCUCACCCCCAUGAGCUGGUGGGAAAAGACUGCCGGGAUGGCUUCUAUGAGGCCGAGCUCUGCCCGGACCGCUGCAUCCACAGCUUCCAGAACCUGGGGAUCCAGUGUGUAAAGAAGCGGGACCUGGAGCAGGCCAUCAGUCAACGCAUCCAGACCAACAACAAUCCCUUCCAAGUUCCCAUAGAAGAACAGCGUGGGGACUACGACCUGAAUGCGGUGCGGCUCUGUUUCCAGGUGACAGUGCGGGACCCGGCAGGCAGGCCCCUCCGCUUGCCACCUGUCCUCUCUCAUCCCAUCUUUGAUAACCGUGCCCCCAACACCGCCGAGCUCAAGAUCUGCCGAGUGAACCGGAACUCCGGGAGCUGCCUCGGGGGGGAUGAGAUCUUCCUGCUGUGUGACAAGGUGCAGAAAGAGGACAUCGAGGUGUAUUUCACGGGACCAGGCUGGGAGGCCCGAGGCUCCUUCUCGCAAGCUGACGUACACCGACAAGUGGCCAUUGUGUUCCGGACGCCUCCCUAUGCGGACCCCAGCCUGCAGGCCCCCGUGCGUGUGUCCAUGCAGCUGCGGCGGCCCUCAGACCGGGAGCUCAGCGAGCCCAUGGAGUUCCAGUACCUGCCAGACACAGAUGAUCGUCACCGGAUUGAGGAGAAACGCAAAAGGACAUAUGAGACCUUCAAGAGCAUCAUGAAAAAGAGUCCUUUCAAUGGACCCACCGACCCCCGGCCUCCACCCCGGCGCAUCGCCGUGCCUUCCCGAAGCUCACCUGCUGUCCCCAAGCCAGCUCCGCAGCCCUAUCCCUUUACGUCACCCCUCAGCACCAUCAACUUUGAGGAGUUCUCCCCCAUGGUCUUUCCUUCUGGGCAGAUCCCAAGCCAGCCCUCUGCCUUGGCCCCAGCCCCUGCCCCAGUCCUGGCCCCGGCCCCUGGCCCCGCCCCGGCCCCUGCCCCAGCCCCAGUCUUAGCCCCAGGCCUUGCUCAGCCUGUGGUCCCACCUGCUCCCAAGACCACCCAGGCUGGGGAAGGGACCCUGUCCGAGGCCCUGCUGCAGCUGCAGUUCGACGCGGAUGAAGACCUGGGGGCCCUGCUCGGCAGCAGCGCCGACCCGGCCGUGUUCACAGACCUGGCCUCCGUGGACAACUCUGAGUUUCAGCAGCUGCUGAACCAGGGUGUCUCUGUGGCCCCCCACGCAGCUGAGCCCAUGCUGAUGGAGUACCCUGAGGCAAUAACUCGCCUGGUGACAGGAUCCCAGAGGCCCCCUGACCCAGCUCCUGCGCCCCUGGGGGCCUCUGGGCUUCCCAAUGGCCUCCUGUCAGGGGAUGAAGACUUCUCUUCCAUUGCAGACAUGGACUUCUCAGCCCUUCUGAGUCAGAUCAGCUCCUAAGCGGUGACACCGACCCUGCCUGGUGUACUGGGUUGCAGGGGAUUGAAGCCCUCCCACAGCAAGCACUUAUGGAUUUGGGGUGGGGGGUGUGCUCCAACUGCCCCCACCUUCUUUGGGUGAUGUCUUCCGGGGGGGUGCAUUUUAUUCUUUUACUGGCAGUGUCUAUCUCUCUCUCUUUUUGGAGGUGCUUAAGCAGAAGCAUUAACUUCUCUGGAAAGCGGGGAGCAGGGAGGACUCAAACUCUUCCCCUGUCCUGAUGUUCAGCUCCCUUCUCUGUAUAGGGAAUUCUGGGGGCCCCGUCCCUACCCUCCAGCUUUAAUACUCUCCUAGAGAGAGGGAUGGGCUGGAGCUAUGGCCUUUGAGGCCACAAAGCCUUAUCACCAAGUGUCUUUUUCACGUGAUGGAUCCAUUCACACCUUGUGCCAAAAUAAUGUCUGUUUCCAGCCCCUCUGUGGUGCUGGCAUUGUCCUUGAACCAACACCAGCGGGAGGGCCUGGCCUUCUGGCCCCGCGGCGGUCUCUGGCAGCUCUCCUUGUUCAGCUGUAGCUGAAGGGAACUGGUGGGACCACACUGGCCCUGUCCAGGAUCUCGGGAGGUUCAGUCCGAGACCUCUCUGUUCCCCCUUUCCUCAAGUGCCUUAAUUGUAGGGCUAGUUGUUUGGAGAGUAGGGGGGAGGGCAGGCUGGCAGCUCUCCAAUCAGGAGGCUCAGUUUUUACUGAAGAAAUCAAAGCAGUUGGACUCUUGCUCUUUCUCUUCUGAACUAAUAAAUGUGUUGCCAAGCUGGC